AUGCGGCUGAUGGCACUUUUGCUGCUGAGAUGCGAAGCAGUACUAGAUCUCCUGACUGAUUUGAAGAUGCCACGAGGCCUAGCUUUAGAUUUGAGGGAACAAAGACUCUACUGGGCUGAAGAUGGCGCCAAAAAGAUCAGGAGUGCCACACUAGAUGGGCAGGACCUGAAGGACGUCAUUGUAAAGGAUCAGGUCCAAGAAGCACCACGAGAUGUGGCCAUCGAUCCAACGAACCAAAAGAUCUACUGGACGGCUCUUUGUUGCGGCCUUCGCAGGGCUGAUCUAAAUGGAUCCAAUGAAGAAGUCAUCGCCAAUGCCGAGUUCGCCAGCGGCGUGGCCGUUUUGGACGACUAUGUGUACUGGGCAGAUUGGAUGCACGGCACAAUCUUGCGUCAUCAUGUGGUGUCUGGGGAAGAAGAAGCGAUCGUCUCUGGCUUGGCUUCACCGGUGGAUGUGGCCCUUGACGCGGAAGCGCGAGAAAUCUACUGGUCAGAUGUUGGUCUAGGACGGACGCAACGCGCCUCACUAGGAGGCAACAAUGUCCAGUCCUUGAACAUGAGCUGGGCGAUCAUGAAUACUUAUGGCAUGGCCGUGGAUACUGAUGCCAAGAAGCUCUACAUGGCAGAUUUCGAGAAGACUGGGGAAUUAAGUGGAAGAAGCACGGAUUAUUCAGGUCGCAUUAUCCGAACAAACUUAGAUGGCAGCGGUGCUGAAGUCUUGGUGAGAGAGCCUAGCAUGAGCAUGCCAUAUGGAGUGGCGGUAGACGCUGAUGCUAGCCAGGUCUACUGGACAGAUCGCAAGGCAGGGCGCAUUCAGCGCCUCACGUUGAUGUGUCGAAACGGCACCAAGGAGGUACGGAGUCGAACCAACGUCACUGUUGUGAGCGUGGAGCAUGGAGAAGUGUUUCAUGGCAGUUCCACCACUAUGCCUUGCCCUGCUGGCUACAAUGGCACCGUGACUUUUGCGUGCAAUGAUGAUGACCUCACCUUAGUCCGAGGGAAAUGUGGCAAGCGCUGUGCACCAGGCACAGUGGAAUACAGGCUGGACGAGAAAGAUCCGUUCAGCCGUGCUUUAGACUAUCCUGACAUGGAUGAUGGUGAGGAGCUUCCAACAGAUUGUCCAGGCUCGCUAGUGGGCACGGUCCAGUUGAAGUGCCAAGAUGGUGCUGUCUUGCUCCGCGAAGAUCAGUGCCGAGCAGCGAGGUCGUGUUCUGCUGGAGAGUUUCUGCUGGGCCAUGCGCUGAUUCAACACUCGGCCAUGGACCAUGGCAUCAUGGAACCCAGCAGUUGUCCCAGCGGCUUCGAGGGUCAAUACUUCUUGCAGUGUCAAGAUGGCGAAGUGAUUCCGAAGCACAACAGUUCCUGCCGCGCGACUUGCGAUGCUGUAGGAAGCCUGUGGGUGGAUGAUGGGCGAGUGGAGGUUUCUCAUGGGAAGAUCAUUGAAGGUGGCAAAGUGAAGGUGGUAUGUCCAACGGGUUCAGCAGGGCAAGGUGUUCACUUGGCCUGCGAAGAUGGCUACAUCAAUGUCACAGAGAGCACUUGCAAACGUUCUUCCUUCUGCCAAGCUGGAUACAUCAAUUCUGGUGGUGCGAGUGUCUUCCAUGACAACCUGGACGACAAGGAGGAGAUCGUUCUGGCUUGUCCAGAGGGCUUUUCUGGAUCACUCGAUGUUACUUGCGAGGCCACAACCAUUCUCACUGAAGGUUCAUGCCAGAAAGGAUGCACAUCAGGCGUUGUGAUACUUUCAGACUUGACUAUUCCUCACGGUGACGUGGGACACGGUCAGGCCGUUCAGUUGGAUUGCCCUGCGGGCUACACUGGUAUUUUGCCCUUUGUGUGCAUGGACGGUAACAUGACCUGUACAGACUGUCUUUGUAUCCCUAAGGCUACGGGUUCCAGUAAACGUUCGGACCUUCCGAUUGCUGCUUUUGCAGCGGGUGUCACUGCUGCCGUUCUUUUGCUUCUCUUCGCUGCCGGUGUCUUGUGGCAUCGAAUGCUGAAGAGGAGAGCCAUGGCCGCGGCAGUGGCGGCAGCGGUUGGGGAUAUCCCGGCUCCAUUAUCUUCCUCGUGUCUGGAUAUUUUGCCAAAGACCGGAGUCAGGUCUGGCCACUCCUCCACUUCUGCCCCUACAGCAUCGAGCGGACGUGGAUCAACUGCAUCCACAGGCUACCACCGGGCGGACACCGACGUGUUUGAGGUCGUCAUCGAUCCACCAUGCUUGCCUCUUUAUUGGGCCACCAAAGCUGGCAUCCACAUUUUUCCUGACCCCAACAGGAUUGCAGAGGUUCAGCAACUGAUGACAGACACAUGGCUUCCUCACUUCACUAGAGAUCGGCAGCUUCUGGGUGGGGGGCGUGUGCCCAUUGGCUGCCGUGUGGCCAAUGUCUUGCGUGUGGAGAACCACAGAUCGUAUGCCCGCUACUUGACCUACAAGGAUGCCUUGAGACUCAAGCGGUCCGGACCCUGCACCCCGUUCCCUUUGCGGACCAGCAAUCGGAUAAAUCUGCUAGACGACGAUGUGAAUGAGAGCUACCUUUUCCAUGGCACCAACCCGGAGUCAGCUCAGUGCAUUGCGAGAGACUUCUUCCGGAUGGAGAGGGCAGGAAGUUCUGCCGGGAGCAUGUUCGGACCAGGUAUUUACUUGGCUGAAAAUGCCAGCAAGAGCGACGAGUACGCCAAGGAAGGUUCUGGUGUCUACUUGGGUCUGUGCGCCACCCUGCUUUGCCGCUGUGCUGUAGGUCAGGUUCUGACCGUGCCCGAAGCCAGAGAUACGCGGGAGGCAGUUCGUGCAGGAGGCUUCGACUCAGUGUGUGGUGACCGAUUGAAAGCAGUAGGCACCUUCCGUGAGAUGGUCUUCUUCCAGGAGGAGGCUGUGUACCCCGAGUUCAUUGUGAUCUACACCCGUGUUUUUGAGUGA